AUGUCAACCCGAGGGGCAAUUUGGUCAUGUAAGCGUCAAAUUUAUGAAGCGCGGGAAACGAAUUGCUGGACCCUCGUAUCGCCUAUCUUUCUUGUUUCGCCACUGCCGCUUUUAGUUCAUCUCUCUACAAAUCCUGAAACCCACUGCAAUUCACUUGCUUUUCCCCUCAAUUCGCUCUACACAAAUUUUAAAUACACGGUCGAAAAGAUGAACGGCGGCGAUUACCGAAGGAGAGACCGUAGGGACACUCGAAUUUCGAAGAAGCAGAAGCUGAUACUGAACGCGGAGGAGCAGCUUGAGUCCAAGCUCGGAUUCGAUCUCUUCACCGAGGGAGAUAAACGGCUCGGCUGGUUGCUGACGUUUGCCUCUUCUUCGUGGGAAGAUAGGGAGACUCAUAAAGUGUACAGUUGUGUUGAUUUGUAUUUUGUAUGCCAGGAUGGUUCAACGUUCAAGGCGAAGUAUAAGUUCCGGCCAUAUUUUUAUGCCGCCACAAAGAACAAAAUGGAAAUGGAUGUUGAGGCGUAUUUGAGAAGGCGCUAUGAAGGCCAAGUUGCAGACAUUGAGGUUGUGGAGAAAGAAGAUCUUGAUCUUAAAAACCACUUGUCUGGUUUGCACAAAUGCUAUUUGAAGAUAUCUUUUGAUACUGUCCAACAACUGAUGCAAGUGAGGAAUGAUCUUAUUCAAGUUGUUGAGAAAAACCAGGGGAAAAUGAAUGCUGAGGAUGCAUAUGAAUCCAUAUUGACAGGAAAAAGCAAACAACGACCUCAGGAUUUCAUCGACUGCAUCAACGAUCUUCGUGAAUUUGAUGUACCUUAUCAUGUUCGCUUUGCCAUUGACAAUGAUAUACGAUGUGGGCAGUGGUAUGACGUAAGUGUAUCCAGUGCUGGGAUUGCAGUAGAAAGGAGAACAGAUCUGUUGCAACGUGCAGAAGUUCAUGUCUGUGCUUUUGAUAUUGAGACCACAAAGCUUCCUUUAAAAUUCCCUGAUGCUGAAUAUGAUUCAAUCAUGAUGAUUUCUUACAUGGUUGAUGGUCAAGGAUACCUCAUCAUUAAUAGAGAGUGUGUUGGGGAGGAUAUAGAGGAUUUGGAGUACACUCCCAAACCCGAAUUUGAAGGGUGUUUCAAAGUGAAAAACGUGAAGGACGAGAAAGAACUUCUUAGACUGUGGUUUACACAUAUGCAAGACGUAAGACCUGGUAUAUAUGUUACAUACAACGGCGAUUAUUUUGACUGGCCAUUCAUGGAAACCAGAGCAGCACAUCAUGGUUACAACCUGAACGAAGAGCUUGGAUUUCGAUGUGACAAAAAUCAAGGUGAAUGUCGUGCCAAAUUUGCUUGCCACUUGGAUUGUUUCGCUUGGGUUAAACGUGAUAGUUAUCUUCCUCAAGGAAGCCAUGGUUUAAAGGCUGUGACAAAAGCCAAAUUGGGUUAUGAUCCAUUGGAAGUCAAUCCGGAGGAUAUGGUUCGUUUUGCAAAAGAAAAGCCCCAGAUGAUGGCAUCUUACUCUGUUUCUGAUGCUGUUUCAACUUAUUACCUCUAUAUGACUUAUGUGCACCCCUUCAUAUUCUCUCUCGCUACCAUAAUACCAAUGCCACCUGAUGAGGUCUUACGGAAAGGAAGUGGGACACUCUGUGAAAUGCUUCUUAUGGUCCAGGCAUAUAAGGCAAAUGUAGUCUGCCCUAAUAAACAUCAAUCUGACCCAGAGAAGUUCUACAAUAAUCAACUUCUUGAGAGUGAGACAUACAUUGGUGGCCAUGUGGAAUGCCUGGAAAGUGGGGUUUUCAGAUCUGAUUUGCCGACAAGUUUUAAGCUUGAUCCAACUGCUUAUGAGCUACUUCUUGAUAACCUUGACCGUGACCUUCAAUAUGCUAUAAGAGUGGAGGGAAAGAUGGACCUGGAAUCAGUUGCAAAUUACGACGAAAUAAAGAAUGCCAUCAAGGAAAAGCUGGUCAAAUUGCACGAUGAGCCCAUUCGUGAAGAAGUCCCUCUUAUAUAUCAUCUUGAUGUUGCUGCUAUGUAUCCAAACAUAAUUUUGACUAACAGACUUCAGCCACCCUCAAUAGUCACGGAUGAGAUAUGCACUGCAUGUGAUUUUAACCGUCCAGGCAAAAAUUGCCUUAGGAAGCUUGAAUGGGUUUGGCGUGGAGAAACAUACAUGGCAAAGAGAAGUGAUUACUAUCAUCUGAAGAGGCAAAUUGAGUCUGAGCUUGCAUACAAAAGAGUACUCAAUAAACCUAUCACUGAACUUCGAGAAGCAGGGAUUUGCAUGCGUGAAAACCCAUUUUAUGUUGACACUGUCCGGAGUUUUCGAGAUAGAAGGUAUGAAUACAAGGGGCUGAAUAAAGUGUGGAAGGGCAAACUCUCUGACGCGAAGGCUAGCGGGAACUCUAUUAAAAUCCAGGAAGCCCAAGACAUGGUGGUGCUGUAUGAUUCAUUGCAACUUGCCCACAAGUGCAUUCUCAACUCCUUCUACGGAUAUGUUAUGCGCAAAGGUGCAAGAUGGUAUUCCAUGGAAAUGGCUGGAGUUGUCACGUAUACUGGAGCAAAAAUAAUCCAGAAUGCUCGCUUGUUGGUUGAAAGAAUUGGCAGGCCUCUGGAGUUAGACACUGAUGGUAUUUGGUGCGCGCUACCAGGCUCAUUCCCAGAGAAUUUCACAUUUAAGACAAAAGAUUCGACAAGGAAGUUCACGAUAUCAUAUCCUUGUGUCAUGCUUAAUGUUGAUGUGGCUAGAAACAAUACCAAUGAUCAGUACCAGACACUUAAAGAUCCUUUCAGUAAGACAUAUACAACGCAUAGCGAAUGCUCGAUUGAGUUUGAGGUGGAUGGACCGUAUAAGGCAAUGAUUAUACCUGCAUCCAAGGAGGAAGGGAUUUUGAUCAAGAAACGGUAUGCAGUUUUCAAUGAUGAUGGUACCCUUGCUGAACUGAAAGGUUUUGAGAUCAAGCGUAGAGGUGAGCUAAAGCUCAUCAAAGUUUUCCAGGCUGAGCUAUUCGAUAAAUUUCUUCAUGGGUCGACAUUGGAGGAGUGCUAUUCAGCUGUUGCUUCUGUUGCAAAUCGCUGGCUUGAUCUUCUCGAUAAUCAGGGUGAAGACAUUGCAGAUAGUGAAUUACUUGAUUAUAUAUCAGAAUCUAGCACAAUGAGCAAGUCCUUAGUGGAUUAUGGUGAACAAAAGUCAUGUGCAGUGACCACAGCUAAACGCUUAGCUGACUUCCUUGGGCAUGCAAUGGUUAAAGACAAGGGAUUGCACUGUCAGUAUAUAGUUGCAUGUGAACCGAAGGGAACACCGGUAAGUGAGCGUGCUGUUCCUGUUGCAAUUUUUGAGACUGAACCUGAAAUUAUGAAGUUUUAUGUGAAAAAAUGGUGCAAAGUCUCAUCAGAUGUUGGUAUCCGAUCAAUUAUUGAUUGGUCAUACUACAAACAAAGGCUCAGUUCUGCUAUUCAAAAAAUUAUCACCAUUCCUGCUGCUAUGCAAAAGGUUUCGAAUCCUGUCCCGAGGGUGGUUCAUCCUGAUUGGCUACACAGGAAAGUCCGUGAGAAAGAGGACAAGUUUCGUCAACGGAAAUUGGUUGACAUAUUCAGUCGACAAAAGAGAGAUUUUGCUGCAAGAGAGAGUGGUGAUCCUAACAUCAGUGAUCAUGAUGUAGCGAAUGAACUUAAUGUGCCCGACAUGGAAGACUUUAGGAACACUGGAAACACUCUUCCUGCUAAGCCUCAACCUAUUGUUCGUUCUUAUGGGAUCAAUUAUGAACAGCAUCAAAUCAAAACGAGUAAUCUAAGAGAAAGUGCAAAGUUAGAUAACUAUAGGACUUCAAAUGAUGGUAGUGAGGUGCCCAGCAGAAUACUCAAUUUCAAGCAGGCUGAAGGCAGAGUUGGGGUGAAUUCCUAUUUUCAGAGGCAUGAGUUAGCUGUUACACGCUGUCAUUGGCAGAUUAUUCAGUUUGUACCAAGUUCAAUGCAUGGCCAAUUUUUUGCUUGGGUAGUUGUAGACGGAACAAUGCGUAAGAUUCCCGUACAAGUCUCCAGACUAUUUUACCUCAAUUCAAAAGCCCCUGUGACUGAAGAGUUUCCUGGAAGGCGUGUGAACAAGAUUCUUCCUCAUGGCCACAAAAACUACAAUCUGAUUGAGGUUACAAUUGAUGAAGACCAAUUCAGAGCUGAAAGCAAGAAAUUAGCAGCUCACCUUGCGGAUCCUGAAGUUGAGGGAAUAUAUGAAACGCAGAUCCCGCUCGAGUUCAAUGCUAUCCUGCAGAUUGGUUGUGUCUGUAAAGUGGAUAAGUCUGCCAAAAAAAGAAAUGUCCAAGAUGGCUGGAGUUUGGAUGAAUUGCAUAUGAAAACAACUACAGAGUGCUCGUAUCUGGAAAAUUCGAUGUCUUUCUUCUACUUGUAUCAUAGCAUAUCUGAUUCCCGAGCUAUGUUUGUUGCAUAUUUUCCUACAUCGAGCCAAGUGUAUGUUGUGGUUGAAUAUGUGGCACAUUUCAAGGAUGCUCAAGGAAACUUGCAGAGGAUGAUAACCGAAUACAGACAUCGUUAUCAUGGCCCUGUGAUUGCGAUUAUAGAGUGCCCUAAAAUCCAGUUACUAAAGUCUGGUAUACGGGCACUGGAAGAAUUUCCAUGUGUAGCCAUCCCUUCCAAUGUUCGUGAUAGCCAAUAUCAGGCUAUUGGUUGGCAGGUAAUUGCUGCGAAAAUUGGAUUACAAAGAUGUGCUGCGUCAUCACAGUGGUUUAAUGAGAGAGUUACACUUUCACGAUAUGCCCAUGUUCCAAUGGGAAAUUUUGAAAUUGAUUGGCUCAUGCAUACAGCAGAUAUCUUCUUGUCUAGAGCAUUGCGUGAUCAGCAACAGGUUCUUUGGAUAUCUGAUAAUGGCAUCCCAGACUUGGGAGGCACUAAUGAAGAAGUACCGUGUUUUAUAGAUGAGGUCAAUCAACCUGUUCUCACUUACCCUGGUGCAUAUAGGAAGAUUACUGUUGAGCUUAAGAUCCAUCACCUAGCAGUCAAUGCACUUCUGAAAAGUAACCAAGUGAAUGAAAUGGAAGGAGGUGCUUUAUUUGGUCUAGACCAGGAAAUGAACCCCGCUUCAUUUAACUCUGACAAACUGUACUGUUUUGAUGAGGAGACAUCGUGUGCACCAGCAUUUCGUGUUCUUAAACAGUUGAUCCAGAGAUGCCUUGCUGAUGCAGUAACAUCAGGAAAUGUUUUUGCUGAUGCUAUACUGCAGCAUCUGUACCGAUGGCUUUGCAGCCCAAAUUCCAAACUUCAUGACCCUGCCCUACACCGCAUGCUACAUAAGAUUAUGCAGAAAGUGUUUGCUUUGCUGAUGGCGGAGUUCCGCAAAUUAGGUGCAACAGUUGUAUUUGCUAGCUUCAGCAGAGUUGUCAUUGAUACAGGAAAAUCUGAUGUAUCUGCUGCAAAAACUUAUUGUGAUAGUAUACUCAAAACUCUACAGACUAGGGACCUAUUUGAGUGGAUUGAACUUGAACCUGUCCAGUUUUGGCAUUCGUUGCUCUUUAUGGAUCAGUACAAUUACGGUGGAAUCCAAGCUAGAUUAGAAGACAGACCCACUGAAGAAUCUUCGAGAGCAAGUGUGGAGAACAUGCCAGACGACCACCAAGUGGAAAUUGUCUCCAGCUGGACUAUUGCGGAAAACUUAACCAAAAAAGCCCAGGACCACUUCAUCAUGAUUGUUUCUGAGUUCUUGUAUUUCCCAUGGAAGUUUGCGCAAGAAGAAGCUGGUAAGCGUUCCACGACCACAGGUGACCUAUGUACUCCAUCAAUCACAGCUUCUACUGCGGAAAUUCUUGAAACUCAGAUGACUGAAUUUUUGAAGAAAAAGAUUGCGUCCGAGUUUACAGACAAACUUCUUAAGAUUGUCUGUGAUCCAAGUCUCCAUGUAAAAGAAAAAAACAAAUCUCAGGGUGAUCAAAACAUCUCGACUGGAGGUUUGCCAUCAUUGAAUAACAUCCAUAAGGGAGAUUCUGCUCUGGAUUUUAUCAAGUACGUCUGUGCAGCUUUGGCACUUGACCAGAAAGUUCAGCAUGAAGUUCUGGUCAUGAGAAGAAAUCUCUUGAAAUUGAUCCGUGUAAGGGAAUUCGCCCCCGAAGCCGAAUUCCACAACCAGUUCUCAUCAUUAACCCUACCGAAUGUCAUUUGCAGCUACUGCAAGGACUGCAGGGACCUUGACUUGUGCCGUGACAGGGCCUUAGUCUCCCAGCAAUGGCAUUGUCCCGUGCCACAUUGUGGUCAACCCUAUGAUCGUGAAUUGAUGGAGAAUUCCCUAAUUCAGAUUGCACGCCAAAGGGAGAGAUUGUACCACCUUCAGGACCUUGUGUGCCUCAAGUGCCACCAGAUAAAAGCUGCCCAUUUGGCCGAACACUGCACAUGUGCUGGCUCAUUCACCUGCAAGGAGGACUCAUCUGAGUUUCGUAAUAAGAUGCAGAUUAUUUUGAAUGUGGCGGUUGACCAGAAAUUCCAGCUUCUACAAGAAUGUGUCUCGUGGAUCUUAGAAGUCAGGUAACUCUGACUGAUUUAUACUGCGGUGUAUUGCUAUAGACGAUAUAUUGUGAAAGUAGGAACAUCUCAGGUUGAUGGGUGUAGUUUGUUUAGAGUUCUUGUUGCAUGGGGUGAGAGUUAAAAGGAUCAAAGUUACUGAAGAUAGGUAUUGGACUCUUGUGAUAUAUAUAGAUGUUACUAUUUUCAUUUUGCAUGGCCUGAACUGAACUUCAAGGGGUAAAACCUAUAUU